CAUAGCCAUAUCCAAAUCACACUUUCGUUUUCUUCUAUCUUUCACCUCUCUUCUUCCUACGCCUACGUGUAUCUUUUUCCUCCUCCUUUUUUUGAGGUAUCCACUCACACUUCUUCUAAGCUUCUAUUUUUGUGUCUAUUUUUAUCUAUCUCAACAAGAGGAACAACCAAAUGCAAAUGAACUUCCCCAAAUUUGGUUUUGUUACUUUCUAAAGCUCUCCCACUAUGUUCGAGUCCUUAGCUUAUUGCCAAACCCUCAAGGGAUAUGACCCGUCCAAACAAAAGAGUCCCGGUUAUUCUCGUUCUGUUUCACGAAUUUGUAAAAGUUCUAUGAUUCACAAACAAGUGCCAUUUCUAUCACAUUUAUGUCAUAAUACUACUGCUGUAUCAGAUAAAUUCAGUAGAAGAACGUCUCUGGAUGUUCAUUCGUUUUUCGGUUCAAAAUUAUCCUAUUUCUCUAAGUUUAGGCCACUAAGGUGGGAGCGGUUGCAGACAAGUGUGUCAUAUGAUGUUGCCAGUGCUGUUGAAGUCAUCAAUGAUUUAGGAUUGGAUACUCUUACUUUCUUGGCUGUUACUGUCUUUAUCGUGCCGUCGUUCAAGUUAAUUAAAGCCAGUCCUAUACUUGGUUUCUUUUGUGCUGGGGUGGUGCUCAAUCAAUUUGGUUUAAUUAGGAACCUUGAAGAUGUUAAAGUUUUGUCUGAAUGGGGGAUCCUUUUCUUGCUGUUUGAGAUGGGUCUAGAACUAUCACUAGCACGUCUGAAAGCUCUUGCAAAAUAUGCCUUUGGAAUGGGAUUGACUCAGGUGUUACUAUCUACUUUAGCAUUCACUGCUUUUGAGCUUCCACCAAAUGGGGCUGUUGGAACAAAAAUUUUGGAAUUCCUUUUCCACUCAAGGUCUGAUCUGGUGAACAUCAGAAGUGUCGAUGAAGCUGUAGUGAUUGGUGCUGCUCUCUCUCUGUCUUCUUCUGCAUUUGUUCUACAGCUUCUUGCAGAGAAAGGCGAGCUUCCUACAAGGCUUGGUUCAGCAACUCUUGGGAUACUUCUUUUGCAGGACAUAGCUGUUGUCCCUCUUUUGGUCAUACUUCCAGUACUUGAGAGCCAGAAUAUGACUGAGGGAAGUAUUUGGCCCAUGCUUGCUCAAGAAAGUUUGAAGGCAUUAGGUGGAUUGGGUCUGCUUUCUUUUGGAGCAAAGUAUAUUCUCAGGAGAGUUUUUGAGGUUGUUGCAGAUACAAGAAGUUCAGAGGCUUUUGUUGCUCUUUGCUUGCUGACUAUUGCUGGGACUUCACUACUCACACAGAAAUUGGGCUUCAGUGAUACGCUUGGAGCAUUUUUAGCUGGGGCAAUCUUAGCAGAGACAAAUUUCAGAACCCAGAUUGAAGCUGACAUAAGACCAUUUAGAGGCUUGCUGCUCGGGUUAUUUUUUCUAACUACAGGGACUUCAAUUGACAUGCAGGUUCUCUUGCGAGAGUGGCCAAAUGUACUUGCGCUCUUGGGAGGUUUAAUUGCUAUCAAGACAUUGAUCAUAACUGCGAUUGGUCCUCGUGUUGGCCUUACUUUACAAGAAAGUGUAAGAAUAGGAUUGCUUCUAUCCCAAGGAGGAGAGUUUGGAUUUGUAGUAUUCUCUUUGGCGAAUAGCCUUGGGGUGCUUCCACUUGAGCUCAACAAGCUGCUCAUAAUUGUUGUCGUAUUGUCAAUGGCAUUAACCCCAUUUCUGAAUGAAGCUGGAAGAAGGGCUGCUAGCUUUAUUGAAGAAAAUUAUGAUGCUGAGAAUAAACAGAAAGAUUCUGAGAUGGUUAACUUCAAUGUUAAUGAACCUGUUGUUGUCCUUGGAUUUGGACAAAUGGGCCAGGUCCUUGCGAAUUUGCUGUCCAACCCAUUGGCUUCAGAAGGAGAUAGUGAUACAAUAGGAUGGCCCUAUGUGGCAUUUGAUAUUGACCCCAGGGUUGUACAGGCAGCUAGAAAACUUGGUUUUCCGAUUCUCUAUGGAGAUGGAUCACGUCCAGCUGUUCUUCAAUCUGCCGGUAUCUCUUCUCCAAAAGCUAUCAUGGUUAUGCUCACUGGAAAGCAGAAGUCCAUUGAAGCUGUUCAAAGGCUACGAUUGGCUUUUCCUGCAGUUCCAAUAUAUGCCAGAGCUCGAGAUUUAAAACAUCUUUUAGAUCUGAAGAAAGCAGGUGCAACGGAUGCCACUUUGGAAAAUGCAGAGACUAGCUUACAACUGGGUUCUAAGCUGCUGAAAGGCCUCGGGAUGAUGUCUGAUGAUGUAGCAUUUUUGAGUCAGCUUGUUAGAGAUUCCAUGGAGCUACAAGCUGAAGGUGCAAUCAGCCAACCAGAAUAUCGUGAAUCAAAUAUUAUGGAACCAUUGCAGGUGAGAGUUGCUGACAUGAAGGAGGCACGCAUUCCGGUGGCAACUGUUUCACCAAAAUAUGAAUUAUCAGCACAGAACCAGAAAGAUCAAGCUUCAUUGGGUAUAAUUCAGAAUGAAGCAGAUCCUGAAGAACAAGAUUAUGAACUAAAUCCAGCUGUUAAAUUAGAAGGAAACGGGGUUUCAUAUGGCAAACAAGAUAUUCAAGAAAGCUCAAUGGUUGGAUCACAAGAUGCUUUACAGCAAAAUCUUCUGGACCCGUCAAUCCCUUCCCAUACUUCCAUGGAUGAACCCUGACAAUGUAGGUAGGGCUUCUUCCCAUUAAUUUUGCGCCUCUAACCCUGUAAGUUUAGAAAGAUUAAGUUCACAAUCCACUUUUAUUGCAGAGCUAACAGUAUAUAUAUAGGAAACAUUGUAGCAAAGUAUCAUUCAAAUUGAGAUGCUCAUUUCAAUUCUUUGAAAAACCAUAAAAUGUAUAGUGACAUUAUGUGAUGAAAAUAUUUUAUAUUUUGUGCGCGCCUA